CUUAAACACUAUUGUUGAAUUUGAUGAAAAAGAAAAUGUUCUUUUCCGAAUUGCGUUCUCGUGUGUCAUUGUCUUGCGACCUGGCUGCGUCUUUCUCGUGAGACGUCAUCUAGCCACCCGAGUGCUGCAGCGGAGCACCUGUAUCGGCCCGUCGACAUCUACUGACACCUCGCCAUCGCGGCCGUUGACCUCUCUAGUACAGCGGCUUUUUCACUGCCGAUAAAAUAGAGGCUGAACAAAAACAAGUACAACUACGUUUUGUUCAUAACAACGACCGAAAAAUAUCAUAUUUAGAUAACUUCUUCUGGUAUAUAUAGCACUAUCAUCAUCUUCCAAAGAGCAGCACGAAAAGAACUUGGGCAAGAUGAACGUCGAAGACGAUUACGAUGUUGACGAUUUGAUUCGGGAUUCUCUGGCUCAUGACCAGGAGCGACAGAUGCAGUAUGGUGGUAGCAGCUCGAGCUCUGGGAUACCAGGUGUAAGGCCUCACUACUUUGUGAUUAUCAACUUCGUCUUUCUUGAUAGUUUUGUGUAAGGCCUCUCACUACUUCUUGAUAGUUCUUGAUAGUUCACUUUGUGAAGGUGUAGGUACCAUUCGGCUCUCUGCGAUAGUACCAUGCAUUCGUCUUUCAUCUUGUUGACUGGUGCAGCAUCCUUGAAAAAUUCACCUUGUUGAAGAACAAGAAUAUUAUGGGGCGGGGGAGGUAUCACAGGGAAGUAGAGCAGCUCCGCCGUACUUUUCUAGGAUGGAGCAGCUGAAAGAUGAAUUGCGGAGAGGUCUAAUACCAGGAGGAAACAGACGGCCUCCAGGAGAGUCACCCGGUUCCGGUUUCAGACCAGCAAAGCGCAUCAAAGUGGACUUGAAGGACCAUACGAACAUAACAGACCCAAAAACGAUCGACUACACUCAGUGGAGGAGGAAAAGAGUGCCGGAUGAUUACCAUGCUUCGAAUUAAGGCUAGUAGUACGAGGAGUCCAUCGACCUCCAGGUGAUGUUAGUUGCAUGCGUUGUUUUCCUUGAUGUAGUUGUGUCUAUUUUUACAAAAACUACAGCAAGGAUACUACAUACGAAUCAUAGAUACGUUAAAGAAAUCGAUGGACCUACUUACAGCUACACCAUUUCUAAGGAAAUAACAAGCCGCUGACGUUCAUGCAAGUUGAUUUGGAUGAUUAUCAGAGUAAGCCUCAUGCAGUGUUUUUGCCGAAUCACCAAAAUAGUGAAGUGCCAAUACUGCGGAUGUACGGAAUCACGCCCGAAGGUCACAGCGUACUCGCACACAUACACGGGUUUUUUCCUUAUGGCAUUCACCUACAUGCUGUUACUUGAUCAGGGACUAACUUGGACUUUCUUUAUACCUUCAUUCAUCUUAUGGCAAUUCAUGAAUGGAUUGUAUCAAGAAAUGAUCUAAUCCGCAUAGACAGGGAUUGGAUGCAAUGUUCUUCGACGUACAACUAUUUCAACUGUCUACUUGAAAUGAAGUGACAACAUUUCUCCAUCAUCAAGUAACCAUAAUCUCUCUAUUUCUACUGCCGAAACAGCCACUUCUCUAAUCUCUCUAUUGAUUGCCUAUUUCUACUCUUGAUGUCUGACUAUCGGUUCUCUAUACAAUCGGAUUGUCUAUAGACUGACUAGAGAGGUUAGUUGUGAAGCGACAACAUUUCGACAUCAAGUAACCAUUCUCUAAUCUCUCUAUUUCUACUGCUCUAAUCUCUCUGUUUCUGCUGCUCUAAUCUUUCUAUUUCUACUUCUCUAAUCUCUCUAUUUCUACUGCUCUAAUCUCUCUAUUUCUAUUGCCCCGUCGGGCAGAACCUCGCGGAUGCGAAAGUCUUCCAGGAUUCGCUCGAGUCCCAGCUGAAGCAGUCCAGAGUCGCUGUCAGCUUGGCGCAAAACGUCCUUAAAGUUGACAUCGUUUCCCGAACCAACGUCAUGGAAUAUGCGCAGAAUGGAGAGAGGAGUUUCUACAGAGUGCAAGUGGGAUUGCAUAGACUCGUACAGGCGGCGAGGACUAGCAUCGAACAGGGGUUCCAACUUACUGGAGGUGGGAGCUACAUGGGAUUCGUGACGUACGAAACCAAUGUGCCAUUUGUUUUGCGAUUUUUGGUCGACCAGGGUUUGGGAGGUGGCAGUUGGGUAUCGAUAGACCCACAGAUGUACAAACUUAGGAGCGAAGCAGAAAAAAGUGGUAAAUAUAAUUUCUUUUCUAACAGUACUACAGUACUAUUCGUUCAGUGGUUCCAAAUUGAUUAUGCAUAAGCGUAUUAGCUUCGGCAAAGAUGGGAACACCCAUCAUAACAAAUUCUUGCAGGAGUUCACCUCUUCUCUCAUCAUCCACCUACCUCCCCUCAGGUGAAUGCCAGAUAGAAGUUGACGUUUAUUAUCAGCAUGUGAAACCAGCGGAAGAGCAGAACGCUUUUGCGCCGCUUCGAAUUCUGUCGUUUGAUAUUGAGUGCUGGAAUCAACUUGGAAAGGUACUAAAACUUUUUAUAUCUAAGUACUUCUGCUAAGUGUAAUUAACCUCCUCCCAUAACAGGCUUCUGGUUCCCCAUUAUUUUCUAUUAGAGGCGUGCUGCAAAUCCUGACUGGCUUUCACCUUUUGGUGAAGGUUUAGGUCCAGCGGCGCUCAAAGUACUAAGUAAAGCAACCGGUUAGCUUUCACCUCUACAAUUCUAGGCUUACCCCGUGCAGCAAUAAAUCUAGGCACUUCUAAUUUCGAUACCGAUCGGCUUGUUGUUCAUCUUGUACUUCCUAAUAUCAUCAACUUAGGGUUUCCCAGAGGCUGAGAGGAAUCCGGUGAUACAAAUCGCUGCUGAAGUAAAGGAGGUUGGAAGUAGCAUUAAGGGUAGGUUAAAGGUGCUUUUCUUACCGCUUUUUAUGCCUCUCCUAAGGGAGAAAGGCAUAAAAAGCGGGGUAAGCGAGCACCAAAAACCCACCUCUAAUAGCAAGGCGAAUAUGUGUCAACUCGUGUGGACUCUCGAUAGUUGCGGUGAUAUUGCAGACACGACGGUGCUGAGCUUCGAGGAUGAGCGUGAUCUGCUGCUUAGCUUCGCGAAAUUCAUUGUCUCUUUAAGGCUUAUUGGAAUUUUUCAUCCUGAGAAGCAUCAAUCUUCGUCUUCGUGUUUGACCCCCUUUGCUUUCUCUAAACAUCUUCUUUGACCCCUUUGCUUUCUCUAAGGGAGAGACAACACGCGGCCAAAAAGACGCUUUUCAACAAGAUGAAUUCUACUUCAUUGUGAUCUCCAUCACCAUCUCUAAUCUCAAUUGAUGCUGAUUUUCUGACGGGAUACAACAUACUGAACUUCGAUUUGCCAUACCUGUUAAAACGAGCAGCGGCAUUGGAAAUCCCGGAAUUCAGCGAAAUCGGGAGACUAGCCAAAGUGCAGUCUAGGGUACUUACUCUUGAUUUAAGUAGUAAGUUGGACCUACCACCUCCACCUACAAGAACAAGCGCGGGCAGCCGGAUUCAUUCCAAUCCACGUCCACUAUUGGUUUUUCUCGAAAUAUGUCGCAUGAAAAAACAAAUAACUGAGCAGGCUUCUUUUGUGUAUUAGUUGGAGCGUGAGCGAAACGUCUCAUGUCCUCUACCCGCUGCCUCAACUUCCUCUUCUUGCACGAAUAUCAGGGUUUAGAACUGGGUUAGGAGCUCUUCAAAACUAUACUAUACACUAGCUUGGAGAGCCCGACAACAACCCCUCGCAUUAGGAUGCCCCUCCCCCCGAAGUAACCCAGGGAACAGGCAGGCAAUUCUUUAACUUUAAACAGCUUCGCUGACAUUCAAUUUCUUGGAUUUGAAUCGCUCAAAUUUCGAAGCCUUCCGCAUUAUUUUGCUGCUUUGGGACGGAUUAAAUUCGCUGGAUUUGAAUUGCUCCAAUUCCGAAAUUUUUGACUUUAGGCCUUUCGUCUGAAAUUCAACCUCCUGGCGUGGCAAUUUCUCAAAUUUCGAAGCUUUCUCUAUUAUUUUGCGCCUUAGGAAUUAAAUUCGCUGGAUUUGGAUUUCUCAAAUCCCAAAACUUUUGACUUUAGGCCUUAUCCCUGAGGUUCAAUGUCCUGGGUCAUUGGUUCACGGGUUUACGAGUAGAGUUCGCGAGUGCGUGAGUUCGUGGGUUCAUGCGUUUGAAUUUCUCAAAUUUCGAAGCUUUCCACACUAUUUCGCCCCUUUGGGAUUGAAUUCGCCGGAUUUGGAGUUCUCAAACCCCAAAGCUUUUGACUUUGAGCACGUUUGCCAAGUUUCAAUCUCCUGGGGCUGAAUUUCUCAAACUUCGAAGUUUUCGGAGUGAAUUCGGGGGAUAUGAAUAUCCCAAAUCCCAAAAUUUUUGACUUUAAGGGUUUUUUCUGAAAUUCAAUCCCGGGCUUCAAUUUCUCAAAUUUCGAAGCUUUCCCAGUCAUUUUGUCGCUUUAGGAUUGAACUCGCCGGGUUUGAAUAUCUCAAAUCCCAAAAUUUUUAAUUUUGCGCAUUUUUUCUGAGAUUCAAUUUGCUGGAUUUGGAUUUCUCAAAUUUCGAAGCUUUCCGCGUUAUUUUGUCGCUUUUGGAUUAAAUUCGCUGGAUUUCGGUGCCUCACUCAAAUCCCGAAAUUUUUGAUUUUAAGCGUUUUUUUCUGAAAUUCAAUUGGCUGGGUCGUGGGUUCAGGAGUUCGUGGGUUCGUGAGUUCUUGAACGUUCAUGAGUACAUGAGUUCGUGGGGUCGUGAGUUCGUGAGUUCAUGGGUUCCCGGGUUCAUGAGUUCCCAAGUUCAUAAGUUCAUGGGUUUGUUGGUUUGGGGUUUGUUGGUUUUUGUGUCGGAGGUUGAGGGCUUCGGAGGUUGUGGGUUCGUUUGUUGGAGGUUGAGGUUUCGGAGGGGAAGUGUUUGCUGAAUUUUAUUGCUCUUAAUAUUCACCAAAAGAAUUGAAGACUCAUUGAGCAUUUAGAAUAACUCCCCAACUACAUCAGAUCCGAGAAUGGACUACGCCGAAUGGGAGGCCGCAGAAGGAGAUCAAAUGUGAUGGACGCAUCAUUUUCGAUAUGUACACCGUUAUCAUGAAAGAACACAAUCUGCGUUCUUACACCCUGAACUUCGUGUCCAGUCACUUUCUCGGAGACCAGAAGGAAGAUGUUCACUAUUCCAUGAUUGGCACGCUGCAUACCGGAACUGCUGAGACCCGUCGCCGACUCGCAGUUUACUGCCUCAAGGAUGCGAAGCUGCCGUUGCGGCUCCUCGACAAACUCUGCUGUCUCUACAACUACGUCGAGAUGGCACGGGUGACCGGCACGCCUUUGAACUUUCUGCUCUUCAGAGGACAAAGUAUCAAGGUUUUUGGCCAGAUUUUGCGACGGGCACGCGCCAGUGGCUAUAUCGUGCCAGCGCGCAAAGUAGAGGGAAGCGGAGAUCAAUUCGAGGGAGCGACAGUCCUAGAGCCAAAAACUGGGUUUUACGAGAAACCCAUCGCGACCUUGGAUUUCGCGUCGCUAUACCCAAGUAUCAUGAUGGCGCACAACUUGUGCUACUGCACUCUCAUUUAUGAAGAUGAAUUUUUUUGUUCUUUUUUUCUUUGUAUCCUGAGUUACAACUACUUACUUAUGUUGUCAAGAACAAGAGCAUGAUGUUGACCUAGUAGGUCCUUCCAUGCAAAAAAUUCCCCCCCGCCGCCUACAAAGCACACACUUUCAUUCCAUCCCACCAAGCAUGAUCCGGAACGGCAAGGUUGAGAACAUGAGCGAAGACGAGUACACGAGAACACCAUGUGAUAACUACUUCGUGAAGCCACAAAAGCGGAAAGGAUUGCUGCCAUUGAUCUUGGAAGAAAUUUUGUUAUGGUUCGACUCGUCAAGAUAAUUGUUGCUGAUCAACACGUGAAGAUUCAGCUAAACAAGAACAAGGGGCUUCAUUAUAACACUUCAUACUUCUAGUGGCACUUGCAGCCGAAGUGAAGUUAGACUUGUUAGAACUCUGUUAUAAUUCUUAUGCUUGUCGGGCUUGAACUUGAAGGUUCUUUCUUCCAGUUCUAACUCCCGGCGCCAGAAAACGUGCGAAGAAAGCCAUGAACCAAGAACGCGAUCCGUUUAAGAAAGCGGUGCUAAACGGACGGCAGUUGGCAUUGAAGAUAUCAGCGAACUCAGUCUUAAGGGUCAACAUAUUUCAUUUCUGCAAGGCAUUUCUUGCAGUUUCCUUCUUGGGAUUCCGAAGAAAUGAAGCGUUUUGAGCUCUAACAGUCUACGGCUUUACCGGUGCUCAAGUGGGAAUGAUGCCAUGUUUGGAAAUCUCUAGUUCCGUCACUGCUUUUGGCAGAACGAUGAUUGACCAGACGAAAAACCUAGUAGAGUUAAGACUUAGUUGUCUAAUCCACCCCUAUCAAGAAGAUCGUCCCUGAACCUGAUGAAGCAUAUAUAUUUAUUUAUAACUACUUUUUACAUAGAGAACAGGCACCUACAUCAGGGUCAGGGGAUAUGCUUGAGUGCGGAUGGUCCUUCCAGGGAUGAGCUGAGGGGAGCUGCUAGCUCUAAUUCAAGAGUAUUUUCAGAAGGAAAAGGGCUACGAGCACGAUGCGGAAGUGAUCUACGGUGAUACGGAUUCCGUGAUGGUCAAAUUUGGUCCGAAUGACGUGAAAACGUGCAUGGAACUAGGACUACAAGCGGCAGAAAAAAUUUCACAGACCUUUCAGAAACCAAUCAAACUGGAGUUUGAGAAGGUAUACUUGUUAACUUUCUGUUCUUUCUUUGAUCUUUCUGAAGUGGAUUGUGUGUCGGUGAUUAGUGCUAGCAGAGUAGACAUACAAAAAUACAUACUGACAUUUAGAAGAGAUGAGUCAUGCAGGUGCUGGCUUUCCCACGCUCUCUUCAUUUUCACAGGACAGCGCGCUUCUUUCCUCUACAACCUCGCCCUCCACCACCUUUCCAACUCUUUCUCUGCAGGUCUAUUUCCCUUACCUUCUUCUGAGUAAGAAGCGGUAUGCUGGUCUUUAUUGGACGAACCCGGACAAGUAUGAUAAGAUGGACACUAAAGGAAUAGAAACUGUGCGUCGUGACAACUGCGGUCUCGUUCAACGCGUCGUGGACACGGCCUUGAAAAUGCUCUUGAUCGAUAGGAGCAUAGAGAAAGUAAUUGUUUUUGUUGUUUCGUUGAUUAUUGGAAAGCGGGUCCUUGCUCGAGAUCGAGAACCACUCGGAUACCGCUACUUGGUCGCGCAUGUGCUUCCUGGGUGCCGAGCGUCUGCUUUCUGAGGCGAGCUCGUGUGUCUUCGAGCAGAGAGGCACCCGACUGGACGCGGACGCGAUUGCGCUCCUACGUGAAGCGUUCGACCGUUUGGGGGAAAUUGACAGCGGAGCCGCUGGGGCCCUCUUCCCGCAGCCCGCGGCUGGGGUGGAGGGUCUGCCGCCUUUCGAGGUUGGCGGGGUCGGCUUCUCUACGGGUAAACUUCCUGACUAACGUGGUGAAGGGGCCGGCCAAUCUGAUGGAGGGGCAGGAAGCUCGACCAUGCUCCGCAGAGGGCGCCCACUGUACGCCGGCGGGAAAAGAAUGCCAGCCAGCAGAAGCAAUCCCAAGAGUGCUGGCAAGGGUUGCGCAUUUGGGGUCGCCUUGGCUUGACUCUUGCGCAUUUGGUGGGCAGCGUGGAUUGGUCUGAAAAAAAACGAUCGAAAUUACCCAGGUCAUUUCUCGCCCGCAAUUUUCAAAGGUAAGCAGUGGGUCGCUCUGGCAAGGGUUGCCGCGCUAUAGGACGGAGGAGGGACGUCGAAGGCGCCGCCCAGUAUGUAACCGCACAGAGUAGCGGCACCAGGCUCAUGCGCGUGAGCUUCUUGGGGUGUGGCAUGCCUUAGGGAGGCUGACGGACAGCGCUGGCGCAUAUGCGGCAGUAGUGAGCAGGCUGCUGCGUACUCUGAUCACUCGGAAAGUGUGCGACUGCGAGCGGCUUGGGGCUAUGAACAAUGGGAGCGAGCUGGUGGCGAGGUUAAGGAUGGAAGGGGGGCGGCUGCGCGAGUGGUUGGGUGGUGGGUCUCAGGGGUAAGGCUCACCACCCGCGUUUGGUGGGGUUAGUUGGAUGGAGUGGGGUCGCUUCAUUUGCUGGCUGUCUGUCGAAGGCCUUCGCUCUUGGCUCGUCGCAGGUUCUUCUUAGGGCUGGGCUGGCCUCGCUUUGAGAGCCUCCUUCUAUCCCCCUCGCGCUUCGUGUCUUGUCUUCUUAUUUUCUUCUUAGAUGGCCGCCUCUUGUAUCGAUCCAUCAUCCGCGGCGUUACACUGUAAUUGUCGGCGGGCCUACUUCCUCAUAAGAAGCUCCUCCGAAACAAAGAUGAUUGAAGGCGCCAACAUCUCGAACCAUGAAAGUGAUUCCCUCUGACAAAACAUCCACCACACCAACAGCAGCAUCGUGUCUAAACUCUCUCCUCCACAGGCCAUCUCCUUCAUCCAGUCGAAUGUUUCGGAUCUACUGCAAAACAAAGUCGAUUUGGCUCUCCUCGUCAUUUCGAAGUCACUUGGUCGAGACGAGUAUGCAGCCAGACAGGCGCACGUCGAGCUGGCAGAGCGCAUGCGCCAGAGGAAUCCCGCAACGGCGCCAGGUCCGGGAGAUCGAGUUUUACGGCUCAUGAUAAUUCAUCCUCUUCACAGAUUGAUGGUCUGUCCUCUCAGCAAGUUUCAUAUCCACCUUCUUGGAUUCUGAGCACCAGAUCUUAAAUAAGUAUGAUCUUGUUAAAAAAAGAUUACAGAAUAUAGACGAAUUUUUAUUGUGACCACGAGCGCUAAGAAUUCCGUACGUCAUCAUCAAAAGCAUGAAGAAAGCGGCAAACUACGACAAAAGCGAGGAUCCCAUGUACGUUUUGGAGAACGGUCUAGUGAUAGACGCGCAUUGGUACAUAGAUCACCAAUUGGCUGGACCUUUAUUGCGAAUUUUCGAUCCGAUCAUGCCAAACGCCUCACAAAGACUCUUCACUGGGGAUCACACGCUGAAAGUAGUCAAUGUGGGUGGAGGACAGUUAUGAAGAUGGAAGGAAUGCGAAUGCACCAGAUGAUGUUCAUGUUCAUGUUGUAGUUGUUGAUAACUAAGUAGAUGGAAGGAGUGCACCAGUACCAGAUGUUCAUGUUGUUGUUGAUAACUACUAGAUGGAGUAGAAUGCAGAUCAACAUCAUCAAGAACGUGUCUAACGUACCACGAGGUAUCAUGACACAUGACAGAUCGAUAUUAACUCCUAUAUCUUCUAGGUAGAACCAAUAUCUUCAAGGCUUUUAUUUAACAGUGGAUCAUAGUAGUUCGUUGUAGACUUCCACCUUGUUUCUAUCUGUAGUUGUUCUAACGGUCGCAGCUGGUGGCGAUACCGCAGGGUCCACAGCGAAGCCCACUGGCAUGAUCGGCGUGGCCGCUAUGGGCGCCGUAGCGAAGAAAUGUCUUGGUUGCAAAUCCACGCUCAGACCAGGCAAGAACACCGCGGAAAAUAGCGACGUCGCGUUGUGCCAGUAUUGCCUGAAGCAAGGCAAGGGUGCCGAAAUCUAUUUCGAGAAGCUGGGAGCUGUGAGAGAAAAGCAGAUAGAAUUCCAGAAACUAUGGACCGAAUGCCAGAGGUGUCAAGACUCGCUGCAUCAGGAAGUCAUUUGCGCGAACAGCGACUGUCCCAUAUUCUACAAACGCGCAAAAGCGAAGAUUGAUUUGCAAAAGGUAGAAUGCCAAUUAAAGUCGUUGAGUUUGGAAUGGUAAGUCAGAACGUCGAGGAGUGAAGAUGGGACGACCACUGGUAGACACGCACUUGGAAAUUGUUGGCUGAAGAUGGGCCGACCACUGGUAGACACGCACUUGAAAUUUGUUGGCUCCCCAUGCCAUUCAUUUGAAGAUAAAGACAUUUACCACCCACGGCUACGAUUCCUUUCCCUGUGAAGAUUUUGUUCAACGCCUUUUUUUCCUCGCCCGCGACCCGGGGAUUCCCCCGUGCUGUGCAUAUGUUUUUUCUCAUGUUGAGAUGUACAUACUACUUCAUCUUAUACUACAGGUUGAGUUGCACUUCCUACAGACCGGCAAUUUUACGAUUCACGAGGAACAAGCCUACAACAGCUUUUUAUACUUUGUUCCACAACUUGAACUUGAUGAUGUUGUUCCACGACAAGACAGAUGAAUGCUAAGUCUUGUAAUUCAUCGCUUGUUUUUCGGAAAAUCGAACCAAUGCAAAUGCUGCACGAAGAACAAGACUUCUACGGAUGAGUGGUCAUGCGCCACCUAGAAUACGCGACGAAGAAUGCAAAUCGAGACUCCUCGAGGACAAAAGAAAUCCUGUAACAAUCUUCGUGUUUGAAGGGUG